AUGGCAAGUUCGAGCCCGCCGAAGACCAAGGGGUGGUCGUUCUCGAGCAUGCUAAGCCGGUCGUUCAGCUCCUUGGCCGGCUGUGAAGGAUCGCCCAAGGCGGACGACCCCACCCAAGCCAAGUCGUUCUUCGACUUGGCUGCCACUGACAUGCAAGGCAACGUCGUGCCGAUGGCGACGUACCGCGGCCGCGUCUGCUUGACGCAACUCAACUACACUCAACUCGCCGAACUCGACACCAAAUACCGCGACAAGGGGCUUCAAAUCCUCGCCUUUCCGUGCAAUCAGUUUGGAGGCCAGGAACCUGGCACGAACGAAGAAAUCAUGGACUUCGUCAAGACGUUUGGAAUCUCGUUCCCGUUUUUUGCCAAGUGCGACGUCAACGGAAGCAACACGAUUCCCGUGUUCCAAUAUUUGAAGCACAACCUGGGGGGCUUACUCGGCAACUUCAUCAAGUGGAAUUUUACGAAAUUUCUCGUGGAUCGCAACGGCCUGCCCUUUCAGCGGUACAACCCCCAGACGGCGCCAUUCGACAUUGAAGCCGACAUUGUCGAACUCCUGGGAAAGCAAUAA